AUGGCGCCCUCUGAUGAUUUCGAGAAAGAGGCCGGUCUCGGGAGGCGACUCUACACUAAGCCGCACUCAGGCAGGCACCCGAUACCUACAAUCCACAGCUACCGCGAGCACAGGAAGGAGCUCGAGAGCCAGCAGCAACAGACCGAAGCUGCUCAACACGGACCCGAGGAUGAUUCCAAGCCGAGGCGGGCGUACGACUCGGUAAAGGCCAUCUUCAAGGACGAAGACAAACCUCGUGCAGACCAUGAUCCAUACCCUUCCACGAACAGGCACCGAGCAGACAGGCCGAGGAACGAGAGCCCUACUGGACGGUAUGACCACGGAGGUGAUGAUGACCAGGAGGGCGACCAAGAUCACGAGGAGGAGGAGAAUGGCAACGUUGAUCGCAAGGGCAAGGACGAAUCCAGUAACGGUCAUGGUCACCACCACCAUGGUGGGCUCAAGAAGCAUGGCAAAGGCAAGAAGAACGGAAAACCGGAAAAGUCAGCAACCGAAACUGCUGCGAGCGCCCUGGACCCCAAGGAGAAGCGCAAGGCCAUGAAGAAGACCAAGAGGCUGGGCGGCGGACGAGAAGUCACAGAUCCAAUCACACAUCUUCCCAUAGUUAUCCACGACCGAACGGACAAGGACUUGAAUUCAAGCGCGGGCAACGAUCUACAACCCGGGCUCUCACAUGAGAAAACCAUUGGCGAAAAGUCAGAAGAGGAUCUGGAGGAUGAACGUGACUUUUCGCAGCGUGGUUACAAUGGAAUGCAAGCCUUGUUUCCACCGCCAGACUUUGACCAUCUAAAACAAGAGCUGGAAAAGAUACAUGAGAAGGCUAUGGUUGUGGGCUUGAUCGUGACUUCAUGUUUGACGGCGUUUCUGAUGCUUUUCUUGACGUCUAAACCACCCGAAGAGGCUCCCAGCAGCUUUCUGGCAACCAUAUAUCGCAUUACUUCCAACAGCGCAGGAAUGGCCGUCUUUGGAGGUCUGGUGGUUGCGGCUGUUAUCGGUACCGGCAACUGGAUGCGUCACAAGGUCUCGGAGCUGUUCGAUGACGAGACCUGGGAUGCAGCAAAACGUGAAGAGGCUGUUGUAUUAGACUCGGAAGAAGAGCUGCCAGAAUCCGUCCAGUGGCUCAACAGCAUGGUGGCCUCGAUCUGGCCUCUGAUAAACCCGGACUUGUUUGCGGGGAUGAUUGAUAUGAUCGAGGACGUCAUGCAGGCCUCCCUGCCCAAGGUCAUCAAGAUGGUCAGCGUGGACGACAUGGGCCAAGGAAGUGAGUCUGUCCGCAUUCUAGGCAUACGGUGGCUACCCACGGGCGCAGCAAGCCAAUCUGUGUCAGCCGACGGCAAGAUUGAACAGUCUGGCGAAGGGUCACAGGAUGGGUCGCAGCACGAGUCCCAAAACGACAUUCCCAACACCGACGGUGAUGAAAACAUUGAGAGAAAAGACCACAACGGAAGACGCGAUGGAGAAGGUGACAUGGAUGGUCCGGACUCGCUCACAAAGAAAGAAGAGUCAAACCCAUCCGCCAUCAGGACGGGCAUGAUGGCCGAGGAGGGCGAUUUUGUCAACCUAGAACUUGCUGUGGCCUAUCGCAGCCGUUCUUCUGGCAAAUCAAUCAAGUCGAAAUCCAAGAACGCCCAUUUGUACCUCAAGUUUUACCUCCCUGGCGGUCUCGCCGUACCCGUUUGGGUUGAGGUCAGAGGAUUCAUCGCCACCCUGAGGCUUCGGCUUCAGCUUACUCCUGAUCCGCCGUUUGUUGACCUGUGCACCAUGACAUUCCUUGGCCAGCCCAAGGCGAGUUUGUCCUGCGUACCCCUGUCAAAGCACAAUCUCAACAUCAUGGAUGUGCCCCUGAUCUCGUCCUUUGUGCAAUCCGCCAUAGACGCUGCCAUGGCGGAGUACGUGGCACCAAAGAGUCUUACUCUGAACCUCAAAGACAUGCUUGUUGGCGAAGACUGGAAAAAGGACACGACAGCGCGCGGAGUUGUCUGGAUCUUUAUCAAGCAGGCCCGCGGCUUCAGGCAAGGUGAUACUGGAUUGGGUCCCUUCAGCGAGUCGACAUCGGAUGCCUAUGUGACGGUGUCUUGGGGAAAGUUCGGCAAGCCUGUCUCGGCAACGCGAAUCGUCGAGAAGGAGCGCAACCCCGACUGGCACGAAUGGGCGUCCAUCCUCGUCACGCCCGAAGAGCUCAAUGCAGAAGAGAAGCUGCGCUUGCAGCUCUGGGACUCUGAUAGAUGGACGGCCGAUGACGACCUGGGAAGGGUAGAGAUCGACUUGAAGUAUCUUAUGACCAAUGAAGAAACCGUGAAUCGGAUGCAGGACCGAGAAGACAGGUUCUGUGGCGAGGACACGGAUGAAAAAAUGCCUGGGACGCUCACCUGGUCGGUUGGUUACUUCUCCAAGACUCGCAUUACGGACGAGAUCCUCGAGAAGCAAACCUACAACCCAGAGAUCAGAUCCAAAGCUCAACUCAAAGAGCAUGUGUCGGAGACGGCAGAGUACAAACUCCGUGAGUCGGGCAAGGCGCCUGAUGACAGCGAAGUCAAGCAGCAAAAGGCCCAGGACUACAAAGAGAUUGAGGACAACAUGAUGAUAACUGCACCUCCAUGCGAGGACAAUCCUUCGGGCAUUCUCAGCAUACAGAUUCACAACAUCACCGGCCUUGAGGUGCAGCGACUAAGCCGGCAGGACAGGAAAACAAUGAUCGAGUACGCUGAGGAAUCGGAGCACGAGGACGACAUGCCUGACAGCUACUGCACCAUCAUACUUAAUCACAGGAAGAUUUACAAGACUCGCACCAAGCCCAAAAACUCAAAGCCCUUCUUCAACGCUGGAACGGAGCGUUUCGUCAAGGACUGGCGCACCGCCGAGGUCAUGAUAUCGGUGCGAGAUUCCCGUGAACGGGAGGAUGACCCGCUCCUUGGCCUCAUCUUCCUACCCCUUGCCAAGGUCUUUGCAAAUCGAAGCCAGCUACACGAGGACUUCCCCCUAAUCGGCGGCAUCGGUUACGGCAGGGCGAGGGUCAGCAUGGUAUGGCGUAGCGUCGAGCUGAAGUUGCCGCCGAACCUUUUGGGAUGGAACUACGGUACCAUCGAGAUCAAGGAUGGCAUCAGGUCCAAGGUUUACGGUGCUCUGCCUGCCGACAUUCGCAAGAAUCGCAUCAAGGUCCGGACGAAUAUGGACAGGAUCAAACUCUACCCGCGCGGUGGCAGGCACGGACAGAACGGAUCCGACGGUCGUCCUGGAGAGUGGAAGCCCAAGGAGAAGAAGCAUCGGGACGGCGCAUUCCUUCCAGUUCGCAGACGCUACGCAUCGUGUCUCGUUAUCGAGUUCAGGGAAGACGGUUUGAUCGCCAACAGCACCGCAGCAUUCGCGGUGCUGUGGCUCCAUGAGCUUGUGGAUGAGGAGGAGCAGGAGGUCACGCUCAAGGUAUGGCGGGGCUCCAAGGAUGCGCUUAAGCGAGCUGAGUCUUGCUGUGACUAUGAGGGGAUGCACGACGGUGAAACCCACCUGGGGGAGGUCGUCAUGACAUUGAGAUUCUGGCGCGGCCUCUCGGGCUUCCACAAGAGCUACGCCUCCAAGUCUAAGAACACGGACAUGCGCAAUGUCAUGGAGUGUCUGGACACCAUCACAGACGAGGGCCUGCGCGACGAAGAUGGCGACGAGGGCGACGACUCGGAUGACAGUGACAGCAGUGACGACGAAGGUGCUGAGGCCCGGGGUGAAGACAACAACCAGGACGACCAGGAGACCGCCGAGGAAAAGGAGACGCGCAAAAAGCUGCAGACGCACGCCAACGACUCGGAAUCGGAAAACUCAGACAGCGACGACGACGACAAUGACAGGCUCAAAAGGUCAAACGGGCAGUCUCCGCGACUCUCGCUGUCCCGGUUCAAGAAGAUCAAGACCAUCUUCAGAUCACCUGUAAAUGGCGGCACGGACGCGGCACUCAGCGUUGUGGCGCCAGGUCACAACUCUCCUGACGAUCCGGACACUGGGCUGAGGAGUCAGUUGAGGGAGUACAAGGACCACCAUCGGUCGCUGCACCGGAAGCAUCGGGGCGUGAUGCAGUGGCGGGUCGCCAGGGAGGCUGACCACCUCGGUAGCAAGUUCAGCAGGCUCAAGGGCACUGUGCAGGGGGCUUUUAAGCAUGGAGACAAGCAUAUUGGGAUCGAGACUGAAGUUUAA